AUGUCGGGUGGAGAUCACGGUUGGAAACGAGAGGAGGAGGAUGAGGCGGAUCAGGAGAUUGACGAGACUAGCUAUAAGACGCAAAAGGAUGCUAUCCUAUUAGCAAUUGAGGUCAGCGAGUCAAUGCUGGAAGCACCUCCAGCAUCUAGUUCUAAAAAGGCAGAUCGCGAUAGCCCAGUUCAGGCUGCGUUAAAGUGUGCUUAUCACCUAAUGGAACAACGCAUCAUCUCUAACCCCAAAGACAUGAUGGGCAUCCUUCUAUUUGGAACCGAGAAGUCCAAAUUCCAGGAUGACAAUGAUGGUCGAAAAGGGCUGGGUUACCCACACUGUUAUUUAUUCACUGACUUGGACGUUCCUGCUGCCGAGGAUGUGAAUAAAUUGAAAACACUGGCCGAGGACGGUGAAGAUGAAGACGAAGUGCUGAAACCGACAUCCGAAACUGUUUCAAUGUCAAAUGUGUUCUUCUGCGCCAAUCAAAUAUUCACUACGAAGGCCGCCAAUUUCGGGAGUCGCCGACUCUUCAUUGUCACUGACAACGACUCACCGCAUUCAUCAGAUAAGGCUGCUAGGUCUGCUGCAGCUGUGCGAGCGAAAGAUUUGUAUGAUCUUGGUAUUACAAUCGAGCUAUUUCCUAUCACCCGGGGUGAUGAGCCAUUUCAAGUUGGGAACUUUUAUGAGGACAUCAUAUAUCAUGAGAAUUUCGGAGAAGCCAACUCCACAGACGUCCGUUCAUCAAAAUCUGGGGACGGGUUGACUUUGCUCAACUCGCUCAUCGCAAACAUAAACUCGAAGCAAUCCGCCAAAAGGGCACUAUUCUCGAAUGUACCUUUUGAAAUUGCCCCAGGGCUCAAAAUUUCUGUCAAGGGAUACAAUAUCGUUCAUCGACAGACCCCUGCCAGGACUUGCUAUAUUUGGCUUGACGGCGAGAAACCCCAAAUCGCUAUCGGGGAGACCACGCGAGUUGCAGAAGACAGCACCAGGAAUGUGGAAAAGCAAGAAAUCAAAAAAGCUUAUAAAUUUGGUGGCGAGUAUGUUUACUUUACCCCUGACGAACAGAAAAGUUUGAGAGAUUUCGGCUCUCCCACGAUCCGUAUACUGGGAUUCAAGCCCCGAAAAGCUAUACCCAUAUGGGCGAGUGUGAAGAAAGCUACUUUCAUAUUUCCAAGCGAAGAGGAUUACGUUGGAUCAACUCGCGUUUAUUCGGCCUUGUGGCAGAAACUCCUCAAGGACGACAAAGUAGGAAUUGCUUGGUGUAUUACCCGCUCAAACGCUCAACCUAUUCUUGCAGCCAUCAUACCAUCGAAGGAGCAGUCUGAUGACGAUUCAGGCACCCCGUACCUACCUUCAGGACUGUGGAUAUACCCGCUGCCUUUCACGGAUGACAUAAGGGAGAUUAAAGCUCCAGGCGAGCUUGCCAGGAGUUCGGAUGAUCUCACGACUCAGAUGAGAACUAUCAUCCAACAGCUUCAGCUGCCGAAGGCUAUGUUUAACCCUAAAAAAUAUCCAAAUCCGUCUCUACAAUGGCACUACAGAAUUCUCCAGGCACUCGCGCUCGAGGAUGAGGUGCCAGAAAAGGUCGAGGAUGCAACAGAGCCCAAGUACAAGGCUAUAAGCAAACGCGCCGGUGGUUACCUUGAAGAUUGGUGGGAAACACUAGAGAAGGAGGCUGGCAACGCCAAGCAAGCCAAGGCACUCAAGAGAGAUCCCGAUGAGGCUCUUCCCGAGCGGCCAGCCAAACGAAGUCGUGCAGGGUCUGAGAAACCCAGUGGAUCUAGUCUCAGUCAAGCGCAGCUCAAGUCUGCAGUCGAAAACGGGACCCUCGCUAAGAUGACGGUGGCGCAGUUGAAGGACGUACUUGGUGCCAAGGGGCUGAGUACAUCAGGGAAAAAGGCAGAUCUUGUUGAGCGCAUAGAGGAGUGGGCGGAGCAGGGUGUGUAG